GCGCCUGCAAAUGCCAUUUUCCAUUUUCCCGUUUUCCCUCACACAAUUAUAAACAAAGGGGGAGAGUUGAAAAAAAGGAGAACAGAAGAAGUAGCGCGUGUUUGAAAUUUGCAGCAGCAGCUGCCUCGUCGCCAUAGUUGCUUCAUCCUCCUCCUCCUUCCUCUCUUCUUAUACUUCUCCAAGGUAUUAAGAUCAUCAGAAAGAAACCCUCGCCGGAAUUCGUGUUUUACUUUGAAAGGCAUAUUAGCUAUGUGAAGUUUCCGGGGAGGGAGGGGAAUUGAUGCGCGGGUUUUGCCAGUGAGACGAUGAAGUGCUGCUGCUUCGGUGCCGCAGCGGCUGAUCGGGAAGACGGCGCCGCCACCUCGUCCCGCGCAUGGGCUCAUCACGGCGUUGAUGGUGAUCUGCUUCGUGAUGUCAAUCAUAUUUCUUAUAACACGCUGCGGUCGGCCACAGAUGAUUUCGAUUUCAGGAAGAAGAUUGGGAGAGGAGGUUUUGGUACAGUUUACAAGGGAACCCUAAGAGAUGGAAGGGAGAUUGCUGUGAAGGCACUCUCUGUCCAUUCAAAGCAAGGGGUGAGGGAGUUCUUGAACGAGAUCAGGGCAAUGGCUAAAGUCAAGCAUCCAAACCUUGUGGAGCUGAUAGGUUGCUGUGCUCAAGGAUCUAACCGGAUAUUAGUCUACGAAUUCGUGGAAAACAAUAGUCUUGACCAUUGUUUGUUAGAUUUUAUCUAUAUCCAAAACUUAGGUUCGAGAAGUUCAAACAUAAGGUUAAAUUGGGGGAAAAGAGCUGCCAUAUGCUUGGAGAUAGCUCGAGGUCUCGCUUAUCUCCACGAAGAGCUAGUGCCACAUAUUGUUCAUAGAGAUAUUAAGGCGAGUAAUAUACUCCUCGACAGAGAGUUGAACCCGAAAAUUGGAGACUUCGGCUUGGCCAAACUCUUCCCAGAUGACAUCACUCACAUCAGCACGAGGAUUGCAGGAACCACUGGCUAUUUGGCACCAGAAUAUGCACUUGGCGGCCAAUUAACCAAGAAGGCCGACGUCUAUAGUUUCGGUAUCCUGGUCCUGGAGAUAAUCAGCGGCAGAAGUAGCUCAAGGGCCAGCUGGGGAGGGACGCAAAAACUCCUCCUAGAACAGGCGUGGCAGCUAUACGAAGAGGGAAGUCUCCUAGAGCUGGUGGACACCGAGAUGGGGGAGUUCGACGAAGAAGCCGUGGUGAGACACAUGAAAGUAGCCUUCUUCUGCACUCAAGCCACGGCCAACAGAAGGCCGUCGAUGAGCCAGGUCGUCGAGAUGCUGUCCACGAGCAUACGGCUCAACGACAAGCUGCUCACGGCCCCUGGGUUUUUCCAGGAUUCCGACGGGGUCAGUGCUGGCGGGCCUUCUGUAAAUAAGAGGUCCACUGCACAGUCCUCUGACAACCAUAGUUCCGUUCCUGUCACCAUCACUGAAGUCGCCCCCAGAUGAAAGGUAAUCUUUUUUUCUUCAUAGUUUGUGGAAGAACACAAUUCUUUCAAGGUGAACCGUUAUUGAUACAGUCAGUAAAAGCAUAGUGUUGUAGGAUUAUAACCACCAGGGUGUGUUCUUCAUUUUGGGGUUCCUUUUGCCCUUUGUAUCAUGAUAGAGGUGUGUGCUGUCUUUUUUGCCAUUUUUUAUUGGGUCUUCUCACGUGUAAUGGGAAAGCGUAGAUAAUGGGAAAGCUUAUAAUGGAGGGAUGCUAUUUUACAUGGGAAGAGAUUUGGUGCAACAUUUCUCCAAAGUUGAAAGCGCCUACUUACCCACCACCAGUCCACCAACAUCAAUUUUUCUUUGCUUUUCUUCUCCACUACGCGUGAAC